AUGAAGCUAUUGGCUGUCAUUGUGACCAAUAUCAUCAUCUUGAUAAUAUUUGACCAAGCACCGAUCACCACUGAAGCAAGAAAGUUGAGGAAAACAAUCGGCCAAGACCAUUUCAAAGCUGGAUCUACGGGUCAAUUUGUGCGUGCUUCUCCAGGAAACAAACCUGGCAUAGGACAUAAAAAAGAUAAUGCAAAUGUUGAAGGGUUUCAAGGUGACUUCAAGCCCACGGAAGGAAGAAAGUUGCAGAAAACUAACGGUAAAGAUAAUUUCAAACCCGGGGUUACAGACGAUUUUGCACCCACUGCUCCAGGAAACAGUCCAGGGGUGGGGCAUAAGAAAGCGCAUGCAAAUGUUAAGGGGUUUAAAGAUGACUUCAAGCCCAAGGAAGGGAAAAUGUUUGAGAAAAUGAACGAUCAAUAUCAUUUAAAAACCGGAACUACCGACGACUUCGCACCUACUUCUCCGGGAAACAGUCCCGGUAUGGGUCAUAAGAAAGGAGAUGACUUCAAGCCUACGACACCAGGACACAGCCCCGGAAUUGGCCAUGCCGUCAAGAAUGAUGAGCCUAAAGCUUAA